UCAAACGCAAACAAAAACCAAAACCAGAGAAAUUUCUGUCUACGAGAUGUCAGGAAGAGGAAAAGGAGGCAAGGGAUUGGGAAAGGGAGGAGCAAAACGACAUCGUAAGGUUCUCCGGGACAAUAUUCAAGGCAUCACCAAGCCGGCGAUCCGUCGUCUGGCUAGACGAGGAGGUGUUAAGCGUAUCAGUGGUUUAAUCUACGAGGAGACGCGUGGAGUUUUGAAGAUCUUUCUUGAGAACGUCAUCCGUGACGCCGUCACAUACACCGAACAUGCUCGCCGGAAAACUGUUACCGCCAUGGAUGUCGUUUAUGCUUUGAAGCGCCAGGGUCGUACUCUCUACGGGUUUGGUGGUUAGAUGGAAUUUUUGGAUUUAUGAAGUUAUAAUUUAUGUAACUAAAUCUCUUAGUAUAAUAUCAGUUAAUGAGCACUUCAUUUUCUUGAA